UAUAAUCUGUGCACGUGUCCAAAGCAUAAACAAACCAUCAGCUUCAUUUAAAUUAAAUAUUAAACUAGUCGCUUUGGAAUGAAAACACGGAAUUUUAGCUGAAGCUUUGUGAAAAUGAACGCUUUACUAGAUUAUGGUACUUCCUCGUCGGGGAGCUCUGAUGAGGAUAACGAAGAAACACCAGACGAAAAACCCACUGAAGAUGCUUCCAAACCAAAGUUACCAAAACCAGCCCUCGGAGAGAGCUCGUUGCAAACUUCUGUGUUUUCGAACCCAUUCGUCGAAGCUGAAUUGGCAAAAGCAGCGAUAUUGGAGAAACACGUCAAAAUGGUUCCAGGUAAAGACAACACACAGAUGAUCAAUGGGAAGAAGAUAUGCUGGAACUACCGGAAAGGGAGAUGCCGGUUUGGACACAACUGCAAAUAUGCACAUGAUUCUGAUAUUCAGAAAAGUGCUGAAGAGCUGCAGGCGGAAAAGCAGAAACUGAAAACAGUUGUCUGCGAAGGUUCGGGAACAAUGUCCUCUGUUCCACCACCACAGAUGGUUCUGGAUAAUGAGGAAGAUACAUGGGAGGGUGAAGCAGACAGGAGAAAGAUGAAGAGACCUGGCCUCAGCCAAGGUUUAGUGCCAGGCAAAAAAGUCAUAAAAAUGUACAAAGAGCAAAAAAUUCGGGAUAGCAUUAAAAAGUCUUGAAUACAAUACAUCUUUUUAUUUAUUUACUUUCUCAUGAUGGUUGAGGCAAACUUUUACUUACUAAAGUGUUUCCUGCCAACGUGCAUGGCUUAGGAGCAACUUGUAUAAUGUUGAGUGACCACAUCUUUUCUUUCCACUGCCAGCCGUCUACUAGACAAAGAUUUUACAACUCCCGAUUUCAUAGACCCGAUUUGGUGUCUCCUCUCGCCAGUUUGUAAGUAUAUAAAAUGAUCACUAGAUGGUGCUGUUGCUAAACCUUGAAUUCCUGAAUCGCGCUAUUAAGAUUUUUGUUGCGAAAUGGACCCAAGCUCUUACACAUUUUGUUCAGUGUACAAAAGAAAUGAUCACUGUAUGGCGCUACGAAUUUAAAUUCUUGAAUUACGCUAUUAAGAAUUUUUCACCACACUAACUGAUAAAAGCUCUCUUUGAUAUUCGAAAACAGAUAGCAAAAUUGCGUUUUAUCCACAACAAUGCAAAGUAAUUUCAUACAAAUUUAACUUGAUGUCUUAAGCUGGCUGGUAGAUAUUAGCUAGAAAUAAUGAUGCUUGAAUACAUUGAUGGUUUUAAUUUAGUUGAUGUUUUAUUUAUUAGUCAGUCUCAUGCGCGGAUCCAGGGGGGGGGGGG